CAUGGCUGCCCCCAGUAAAAAGUUUUGCCAUUCCUUACUGUAUAAUUCCAAAUUUGAGAAACACGGUCAUAAGUAGUCGCCACUUGCAUUUUGCUUAACCAUACGAAUUUUUUUUUGCUGAAACAGGCAGCCAUUGUAAUGACGCAAUCAAUUGUGAUUCAAGUUGGCCAAUGUGGAAAUCAGAUUGGAUGUCGUUUCUGGGAUUUGGCCCUGCGGGAGCAUGCUGCUCACAACAAGAAAGGUGUCUAUGAUGAUUCAUUGAGUAGCUUCUUCCUCAAUGUGGAUUCAAGGUAUGAGAACCCCCACACUAUCGCUGUUGGUGAUGGAAAAAGCAAGGUCCGCACCCUCAAAGCUAGGGCAGUCUUGGUUGACAUGGAAGAGGGCGUGGUCAAUGAGUUACUGAAGGGGUCUAUCGGGGAGUUGUUUGAUCACAGGCAGCUGAUUACUGAUGUAUCUGGCUGUGGCAAUAACUGGGCAGUUGGCAAUAAGAUGUACGGUGUGCAGUACCGAGACCAGAUAUCAGAGCGUGUACGCCAUGCAGCCGAGCAGUGUGACUGCCUCCAGUGUUUCUUCCUCACCCAUUCCAUGGGCGGAGGUACGGGGUCCGGCGUUGGGACAUCAAUUCUGAAAUUACUUCGAGAUGAAUACCCAGAUGUCUACAGAUUUGUCACACCUGUGUACCCUUCUAUUGAUGACGAUGUCAUCACCUCACCUUACAAUAGUGUGCUGGCCAUGCAGCAGCUGACAGAAUAUGCUGACUGCGUUCUGCCUGUAGAAAACCAGGCUCUGUUAGACAUCUGCGAGAAGAUCAACCAGGCGCUGCCUCCAGAAAAGUCGGGGAAGAGAACCUUUGGGGCGACAGGGCAGGCCAAAGCUGGGACCACCAUCUCAGGGUCGGGGAAAAAGGCAGCCAAUGAGAAACCCUUUGAUCAGAUGAACAACAUCGUGGCCAACCUGCUGCUUAAUCUAACUUCAUCAUCGAGGUUUGAAGGGAGCCUGAACAUAGAUCUGAAUGAGAUCAGUACCAAUCUGGUUCCCUUCCCAAGACUGCACUAUCUGGUUGCAAGCCAGGCACCUCUCUACUCACUCCUAGACAUGAAUCUUCCACCGCGAAGGUUGGACCAGAUGUUCACAGACGCCUUCUCCAGGGAUUACCAGCUGUUGAAGGCAGACCCCAAGAACUCCAUGUACCUGGCCUGUGCUCUCAUGUGCAGGGGUAACGUCCAGAUCUCCGACAUCAGGAGAAACAUUGACAGGUUAGUUAACGGCAUCAGGAGAAACAUUGACAGGUUGCGGCCGUCGCUCAACUUCAUUUACUGGAACACUGACGGCUGGAAGACUGGAUUGUGUUCAGUCCCUCCGGUAGGGCAGCCUUACUCCCUAUUGGCCGUGGCCAACAACACAUGCGUGCGACAUACGUUCAGUGACCUACGAGACCGAUUCAAUCGACUCUACAAGAGAAAGGCCACCUUCACCAUUAUACCAACGUGGAAGGCAUGGAUAUGACACUCUUCUCUGAGAGCUUGGAGUCGCUGACAUCGUUGAUUAGUGAAUAUCAACAACUAGAAAAAGCUCAGCCAGAGAGCAUACCCAGACUACAGAUUGCUGUAUGAGUUGUCCACUGGACAAGGGACAGAUCUGUUGAAUAGACAGCACAGCCGACUGUUUGACCGUGAAUUGUGCAUUUGGUCAGCAUCGAGCACCUGAAGCACUAUCCAGAAUAUUACUGUAUGACGUGCUAGAAACAGGCAUUGAACAAGGAAAGCUGAUCCGUGGAACAAUUUAUUGUAUGACUGUGAAUUCACAGUCCUUGUUCUUGUCAGCAACUUCAGAAAGCUGAUCCACUGAUUUCACACAUGCCAAGAUCACAGAUGCUGUACACCUUGUGCGUUGAACAGGUAGUGAAUAAGGGAAAACUCGUCUGCACAGCAGAAACUAGUUACUGUUUGUGGAGUUGUUACAUGUAGGUUCUUGCCAGUUACUUGAAACAAAUCCACAGAGUUGACCCUGAUUGCAGGUUGAGUGCGAGUUUGAACAGUGGAUAAAUGUCAGCAACUUCACAAUGGACUUCCCACUUCCCAGAUGUGUCUUUAUAAGGUAAUCAUACAAUAUGCGUUACAUUACUGCACGUCGCUCAGUACUCACAAAACUGUCAACUGAAUAUGCAAAAAAGAUUGGUGUAGCAUCUCAGUAUGGACGGGGGCCACAGGGCAUAGUGCACUCCAGUGUUUUCAACUUAUCAUUUUUACCAGGUCUGGAGGCAGGUGCUGAAAUGAAGCCAUGGUGCGAGAUGGCCAAAGAUUAAAGAUUGUGGUACUCAAUAUCAGUACUUAAAUGGAAUAUAAAAGUACCAUAUAAGGUUUAUAGUAUGAAAAAAAAAAUUCCACCAAAACUUUUUGAACUCUUAAUUUUGACCUGCCAAGACGUAUGGAAUGACUUGCUAUUAUCCAACUAGCAAAGACCAAUAAAUUAUUGACAUUGAAGCCAUACAUAAACAUGUAAUGCUAAAUGGGAUGAGGAAAGGUGUUAUUUUUUGUACCUUCAGGUUUAACCACUUGCUGCCGGGUGAAUUUUUCUUGAGCAAGACAAGAUGCCGGGUCCUUUCCAAGAUUU